AUUUACCGCCUGCUGGUUUUAACUUCUUUGAGACCAUGAAGUGCGUCUUUGAGCUGCUCAGGGUUGUUUCUCAAAGUCACUAUUGUGGUUCGACGCAAUCGAUAAACAACGUGUUAUUCUCGAUAUCUUCUUGACUGUUCACUGUUACCAGAAGAUCAAUAUCAUGAAUCUUUCUAAAGAUCUUGCACCAAAUGAUCAAAAUAAUUUAAAGAUAUUACGUCAAGUUGAGUUUUAUUUAAGCGAAGGAAACUUAAAUCGCGAUAGCUUCUUCAAACAGGAAAUGCAAAAACGAGAUGAUGGUGGUAUCCCAAUAGAUCUGCUGCUAAAGUGUAAUCGUAUGAUCGCUAUGAAUGUCACGGAGGAUAUUCUAAAAAAUGUUGUUGGAACAUCAAAAAUUGUGAGUCUGUCUAAUGAUGGUAAGUUGCUUGCUAGCCGUGAUUUUAAAAUUGAUUGAUGCAGUCUGGAAACUUGUUGGUAAUUCUGAUGAAGAAAAACUUGGCACAUUCUUUAUCUCUUUAGUAAAAUUUACGUUUUUUCUGUAUCAUUUUACGUAUGCAUAUUUUUAAUACUGUGGUUGAGGUUAACUUGUAGUACUAUAUUCCUUUUGCUUAAACCAAACUAGGGUUGGCUAUUGUCCGAGUAUUGCCGUUAUCUGAGUUGGGACCUCGUGAGAGAAGAACUAUCUUAGUUACAGGACUUCCACGUUUAUCCAUCGGAAUAACUGAAAAAGUAGGUGUGGACAACACUCCUCAUAGGCAAAGUUCAAAACCAAGUGAAAAUGAGCUGAAAAACAUAACCUCAGCAAGUUGGGAACUUGGUGACUGGAUUCGGAAUGUAUUUGAAGAAUACGGUGAAGUCCUAUUUGUCAGUUUACCUCGUUAUCACCACUCUAAUUCGUUCCGAGGAUUUGCUUUCGUUGAAUUCAGAACGUCUAAAUCUGCUAGAAAAGCUGUUAAACAUAUGUGUGUUUUCAUGGAAAAUGAAAAAUGGCUCGUGCAACCUACUGAAACAAAUGAAGUAUCUGAGUGUCCAGAAUCAGCAUGGAAACCACGACUUGCAUCUAAAGUUUCUUUUUCACCUCAGCAAAUGUUAGCCAGACGGCAUAUUUGGCGCUGUUGCUCUCGAAAGAAUAAACAACUUAUUGCAGCGUUCAAACAUUUACGUCAGGUCGGAUACACUGCUAGCAAUCCAUGUGAUAAGGAAUAUUAUUCAAUUAUACUUGGUGAUAACUCUACAGAAGCUAUACUGAAUUAUGUUAAAAACAAUCGUUCUUGUGAACUAUGUCAAUCUAAACUACGUGUAUUUCGUUAUUCUGAUUGGAUAUUUUGGAAGCAAAAGUUUUAUCUGUGGCAACAAGCAUGGAUUGCAAGAAUGCAUCAUAAAACUGAAUUAUUAAUGACUAACAAAAAUAUUAGUAACAAUGAUGAAUAUGAUGAGGAUGCCACUAUGGAAGAGAAAGAAUGUUAUCAAAUAGAUUCUGAAAUAAAUCGAAAUUCACUGCCAGUAAAAUGUUUAGAUGAAUCUUCAACUAGACCGAAAGCACUUCCAAAUAAUUUUGUUCCGAAUUCCAUUGUUCAGAUAUAUUGGCCUUCAGUAUUGAUUCCCAAAGGAGAUUCAGCAGAUACACAUCUGUCUGAUGGUCUUGGUGAUACACUGAUAACACCGAAAAAAUUAUCAUUUGCUCGAUGUCUGCGUAUUAGUCUAGAAAAAAAUCUUCUUGUUCCAUGUAAUCUUUUAAAAGAUGUUGCUCAUGUAGACCCAAACCCUAACCAAAAUCUAUUGGACUCUGUUAACCAAUUUGGGUGUUGUAUAAUACCAAAUACUAAUCUAAAUGAAUCACUUUCGUCAGAUGAAUUUGUUCCUCUUUUUAUUCGAAUGAAAAAUAAUAAAACUGCUCUGAAAUUGGUGCAAUCUGUUAAUCUUUCUACAAUUCAUGGAGUAACAGCACGUAUUCUUGAAGGUCCUAGUGAACAGGCGUACUGUGAUAAUAUUAUCAAAUCUAAGUUAAAUGCUAGAGAACGUCAUCGGACUUCACAAUUAAACAAACGUCAAAAACAAAAAUCUGCAGAUCAUCAUCCUACAUCAUUCACUAAUUGUAUACCUCCAAGUAAUAAGACUGAUCACAAGCAUAUUGUAUUCGAUGAAUAAAUUUUCACACGCUUUUUGUACAUAUACUCCGAGAUCUAUUUUGCAUACUAAACUCUAAUAUUAAACAUGUACACAGUAAUACUUCUCAAGUUUUUUGCACAAGUAAUUUUGUUUGAAAUAGCUACUUUACAACGAUAUCCAUGUUCAUCAACUCCCGAUCAUAGCUACCUAACCCAGGUCCCUUAACAAGAAAUAUUCUUCCACGGUGUUUACAACCGGAAAUUGCAACCGCCCUCACAAUUCUAUCAGCACUCAAGAUCAUCUUUCUAACAUUAUCACCACUCUAAUUCGUUCC